AUGCGGUUACGAUCACUUUUCAAAACAUCCCUGUUUUUCUUUGGGCUGUGCUUCUUGGUGUAUAUUGUGCUAUAUAUGCAAGCCGGACACAAAGAAACUGCACCAACAGACUUGAUUAACCAGUUCAAUGUUGUCCAGAAGAAAGGAUAUUCCGGACUUAAAAUGGAAUGGCUUCAGGACGUCAGCAAGAGGCCUGAGUCUACGAAGGCCUCCACCAAGAAACCUGUAGAACACUCAUCAAAGGAGCAAAAAGUGGCCGAUGCGCCCACACACAGGCAGCGAAAGAGUUUACAGAUGUCACAAAUCUACGAAGAACUGGAUUUUCUAAAUGCACCAGGAGGCGCAUGGACACAAGGAUUUCCGAUAUCUUAUAACCUCGAUCAGUGGGCUGAAAAACCGCUGGAAGUUUUCCUCGUGCCACAUUCCCAUCACGAUCCAGGAUGGAUAAUGACGCUCGAGGAAUAUUUCGAAAUCAAGACAAAGAAAUGUUUGGACUCCACACUGAAGGUUUUGGAAAGCCGUUCCGAUGCACGCUUCUCAUACGCGGAGAUAUCUUUCUUCAGUAUGUGGGUUGCUGGUCUAAAAGAAGACGAGAAAAAUCGUGUGAAAAAGUUGUUGAACAGUGGUCAGCUGGAAGUCGUUUCUGGUGGUUGGGUCAUGACAGACGAGGCAGCUGGACAUCACUACGCCAUGCUGGACCAACUGAUCGAGGGACACCAAUGGCUGUUGGAGAACUUUGAUUAUAGACCGAAUGUCAGCUGGUCCAUCGAUCCUUUUGGUCACAGUCCAACAAUGGCAUACCUGAACAGAAAAAUGCGUUUUUCCGCUAUGGUAGUACAACGCGUCCAUUAUGAGGUCAAAAAAUAUUUGGCGAAACGUCAGUCUUUGGAAUUCAGCUGGCGUCAGUACUGGGACAAUGACGGUCAUACGGACAUACUAGCUCACAUGAUGCCGUUCUAUUCUUACGACGUCCCGCACACUUGCGGCCCGGAACCUGCCGUUUGCUGUCAGUUCGACUUUGCCCGACUCCAGCAGUUUAAGUGUCCUUGGAAAUUCCAACCUCAGGUAAUCACACAGAACAAUGUGGAUGAACGAGCUCAACUACUCGCCGAUCAGUACCGAAAGAAGGCUAUGCUUUUUGACAACGACGGUGUACUCCUUGUUCCUCUGGGGGACGAUUUCCGUUAUUUAUCAGAAGAGGAGUGGGGUCUGCAACUGGAUAACUAUGGUCUACUCAUAGAACAUAUCAAUUCGAACCCGAAAUAUCGUAUCAAGAUGCGGUUCGCCACAGUCUCAGACUACUUCAAUGCUCUGCACCAACGUCUUAAAACGCGAUCCAACGAACUUCACUUGGCCACAGAGAUGACACAACUUACCGGUGACCUAUUCACCUAUGCCGAUCGGGAUCAUGACUACUGGAGUGGCUACUUCACCUCACGUCCAGCGGAAAAAUUUCUCACAAGACACUUACAAUCGGAGUUGAGGUCAGCCGAAUUACUGUAUUCGUACACGCAUCAGUUCUUGGCCUCUGACCAGACGAGGUACGCGCUGUUAACGGGUUUUCAGUCAUCUCUGUUUGACCAUCUCACCGAGGCUCGCCGCACGUUGGGACUACUCCAUCAUCAUGACGCGAUCACUGGUACGGCAAAACCGUUGGUCGCAUCGGACUAUGCGGCGAAGUUACUCAAUGCGAUACGUGCGACACGUUUGGUUUUCUCUGUAUCGGUUGCCCAUCUCCUCGUGCUGUUCGUGGGUCAUCGUGCUGAAGAUAACCCACGCCUUCCCAUACCCGGUGCCGUAAAGGAUCGCUUGAAAAAUCUUCUGGUAAAUACCAACCCAUCGGAUGGACUGCAAGAUGUGUCCUCUUUGGAAGACGAAUUUUUCACAGAAGGUCGUUCGCGCCCCAAGAUUCUCAAGCUUGAUCCGAAAGGUUCUCCGAGUUUUGUAUAUCUCUUCAAUCCCGUUCCGUAUCCGCGCACCCUGUCUACCACACUGACAUUGCAAGGACCCGCCCCGAAAACGCUGCUGAUCACUCAGUCCACUUUGAAGGAUCAUUUGAUUUCACAGCGACAACUUGUCGUGCAGCUCGAGCCAUCAGUUCAGUACGAUUCUUCGAUGCCAGUAGAAUUUUUCACGGCCCGAAUUGGUCCGGUGCUGAUGGGUCCAAUGUCACUGACGCGCCUUUCUGUCCAAGUGGACGGGAAAACGAUUGUCACACCUUUACAACCGUCAUCGAUCGAUUCGUCCGAUUCACAUGCAGCGGAUAUUGUGCUGAGCAGCGACACGGUCGAAUUGCGGUUCGAUGCACAGACGGGCUUGAUGAAACAAUUCAUCGAUCGACAUUCUGGACUCUACCUGGACGUACUGGUCGAUUUUGUCCAGUAUCAUACAGGUCGAAGCAAGUCACACAGCGGAGCCUAUCUGUUCGUUCCUGAGGGGGCCGGCAAGGUGAUGGAACUCCCCAAAACUCCCCAACUUCGUAUAAUCCGUGGCCCACUGUGCGACGAAAUCACUGUCUACACGCAGUAUGUCAACCACACUGUUCGACUCUACAAGGACGCUCGAUACCCCUCACAAGCGAUUGAGCUGGAGAACACGGUGGAUCUACGUUCAAACAAUAACAUGGAGCUGGUGAUGCGUGUCCGGACCAACAUCAGUUCGGCUCAUCGUACGUUCUUCACCGAUUCCAAUUGUUUCCAGUUUAUUCAACGAACCUACUAUGACAAGCUUCCGCUUCAAGGCAAUCUGUACCCAGUGACCUGCGCAGCGUUUGUGGAGGGCUUCCCUGAGGUGCGAACCGAUCAGAGGCCUGUCAGCGAUGAAGAUCCGCACAUUCGACUCACUCUACUCACAGCUCAUGCACAUGGUGUGACUAGCACGAAUGCAGGUGAGCUGAUGGUAUGGCUGGAUCGCCGUACCCCACAAGAUGACGAUCGGGGUCUCGAUAGCCCGCUCGUAGGCUCUUGGAUCACUCAGUCCCGAUUCGUACUGCACAUUGAGACACUUGAACGACAAUCCUCUGGACCGUUUGCCAAUGUCCCUAGACUCAGUCUUCCCACAUACCGUGCUCUAACUGAUCUACUUCAACCGGUGCAGCGUGUGUUCAUCAGUAGCAGCUGGACUAGCCUGAUGCCCCCGCAAUUCGCCUUGUUUGGUGAUGCACAAAUUCCCUGUGACUAUGAACUUUUGAAUUUAAAGACCUAUCACAGUCGGUCUCAAGUUUUCAAAACAAUAACCAACACGAAAGGCGCACAAAUCGGUCUCAUAUUGCAUCGAUUAGCACCAUUCGUGAAGUCGUCCCACACCGCUGACCAGGCCGUGGUAGAUUUUUGUGAAAGGGGCUCAUCGGAACUCAAUAUCAAAACCAUUUUCGCCCCGCUUAAGUUGUCCCAGGCGGCCAAACUGCGUCGACUCACAAUGAUUCCCGAGCCCGACGAAGUACUGAACUGGCGCAGCUUGGUAGCUGUGGAACCUAUGGAACUGGAAGCCUUUCUCUUGAAUUGAUAAUGGCUCACUUUAUUUCGUCUUUCCAGUUGUUUGUCCAGGAAUGUGAUAAAGCACUCCAGUCACUCUGAGUCAGUUUGAAGCAUUUGAUCUAUGGCCUGAUUGCCCUUUUUUCUGGCAUUUUUUGCUGCUUCCAUGCACCUCGUUCUUUCCUCCCAGAGCUGUAUAAAAACACGCGAGAUCCCGCUCGAUCUUCCUCCCAAAUAAACGCACAACAAGC